AUGUCUCAAUUGGGAGAGCUGGAAAAUUUAACGGUGCUCUACAAGUCCGAAGAUUUCCAAUUUGUCAGGGACACCACAACCUCCUUGAUUACUGGAUGGUAUUAUGCUCAUCCCAAACUGCCUCAAAAGACUCCUACAUUGCAGGCGAGGAUCCGUGUCACAUCACAGAUUACGAAGCUGUUUCCUUACACACACCCGCAACUUAAACGGCUCGAUGGCGCGUUGUACAAGAUAUAUCUCAUUGACCAUCCACCUCCAGUCUUAUUAAAAUUUACGCUACCUCAGGGUUAUCCCGAGACAGAGGCCCCUUUGCUGCGACUGGAAUGUUCGUGGGUCCCGUCAUUUUACUUGGACGAGGUUGUUUCACAGCUGAAUGCAUUCGCGAGCUGCAAGAUCGGAGAACAGUGUCUGUGGGAGUGUUUUGACUAUCUGGAAUGUGAGUUGUUGUCGAGUCUUCUUGAGUUGCCCAGAGAAGGUGACAGUCUGGUGUACGAUGUGAGCGAGAAGAUUCCACAUCGACGAAUGCGAGAUUCAGCCUUGGCGAGUAUCGUGGAUUACGAUGCGUUGGAGAGGAGACGUGUGUUUAGAGAGAGUAAGGUGGAGUGUGAAGUUUGCAUGGAUGCGGAUAAGUUGGGAGCGGAGUGCACACGAUUGAGUGGAUGUGAACACGUGUUCUGUCAUGAGUGCCUUCGGGAGGCGCUGAAAUACCACAUGGCGGAUGGCGUGACUGCAGGUACCUUCCGGUGUUUGGGAUGCAACAGCCUGGUUGAUUUGAAUGAGGUAAGAUUGUCGUUCGCAGGAGGUUUGAAUAUUUAA